AUGCUUUCCAGGCAUUCUGUGCAAAAUCGAUUUGAGGAUCUUUCUUUAUCGAUGCCGUUGGUAUUUGCUGGAAAGCCGAAUCUACGAUUGGUUAUCUUGCGUUUACAACGAGUGCCCGCUGCAGCCCCUGAUAGACCACAACAGAUGUGGACGCAAUGGCUUCACGUCGAACGUCAAACGGGGUAUGGUGCGCCAAACCUGCUAGGGUGCAGUGCAUACCGCUGCCGAGAGGAGAGCCCCGAAAAACGGUACCCAAUCCCCACUGCAGAUUCAGAAAAGCCGAUAUUCGACGCGAAAUUGGUGCGUCUUUCUAAAGCACUGGGGGAUUCAGACCCUGAGAAUGCAGCGACUUGGACGGAAGUUAACAAGGAGCUUUCUUCGCUGAACGAGUACCCCGCGAUAUCCAUACCGGGUCCUCUGGCUGCGAAGAAAGUCAUACAACUUUCUGACGCGGCUAUAAAGACCGCCAAAACGCCUCUGGUGGACAGGCGCCUAAGAGGAAAAAGAUUGAUAAUGUGGGCGUCAUUCUCCGGAAAAAUCACGCCAGAGAAACUGGCACAAUCGAUCAUUAGCAGCGUCUUCACCAAGCCAGAUAAAUCGCUCCAUGCAGAAUGGCUACGCCAGAAGGGAAGUAAGCGAACUCAUAGACAUUUGGUCACUCCUUCCUCCCCAUCUGACGUACAGGAGAUCUUGGAGGGGGGUGGCAGCAUUCAAAAGGCCAACUCAAUGAUCAGGCGCUUAGCUGGGGAUUGUCCUCUAGACGCGCGAAAGCUUGGUCGUAGAAGGUCACGGGUGGAAGCACGAAACAGGCUUCCACCGGGCACCAAACCAGACGACCCCAAACUCAUGACCAGGCCGAUUGUGGUCAUAUUCCCCUGUGCUCCCGAAACCGGGCCGACGAAACCAGCUGCGUCUCCGGACAGCAGCUUUUAUUCGACAACCACAGGCCUCUCGCCCACCAAAGGCAGGGACGCCCUGGAAGAGGCAAACCCCACAUGCAAGCAGCGCCCAAAUUACGUGGAGCUAUCAACGCUUAUCUCCGCAUCAGAGGACACAGCUGCAGCCGCGCACUCGUCAACAAAGUCGCAGCCUCUGAACUGGACUGAGUCAGAUAGCAGUGCUACACCCUUUUUUCACUUGUGCCUUUCAGGUGAACGACAGCCACUGACCGACAAGAACAAAACCGACCCGGAAAUCUUGGGCAAAUGCCUCGAUUCUGUGUAUCAAUCCGUGAAUCCUGCUACACCCUUUUUUCACUUGUGCCUUUCAGGUGAACGACAGCCACUGACCGACAAGAACAAAACCGACCCGGGAAACUUUGGCAAAAGCCUCGAUCCUGUGUAUCAAUCCGUGAAUCCUGCUACACCCUUUUUUCACUUGUGCCUUUCAGGUGAACGACAGCCACUGACCGACAAGAACAAAACCGACCCGGGAAACUUGGGCAAAAGCCUCGAUCCUGUGUAUCAAUCCCUCGUGUGGGUUAGUGUCGGUGUAUCACUAACGAGGCAAUUAAAAAACGACUUUUCGUUUGUGCAACGGGUACUUCCAUUGAAGAAUGUGUCCAGCAUCAGAAGCUGCGUCGGCUGGGACGUGUUGCAUAUGCCGAAGCAUCGUUUGCCGAAGAGAGUGCUGUUUUCCAUGCCCAAUUCAGAGUGGCGUAAACAGAGAGGUGGCCAACCCUUGACUUGGCAGAGGAGUAUGAAGGAGAUCACGAAACGCUUGGGUGCUCUCGUGUGGGUUAGUGUCGGUGUAUCACUAACGAGGCAAUUAAAAAACGACUUUUCGUUUGUGCAACGGGUACUUCCAUUGAAGAAUGUGUCCAGCAUCAGAAGCUGCGUCGGCUGGGACGUGUUGCAUAUGCCGAAGCAUCGUUUGCCGAAGAGAGUGCUGUUUUCCAUGCCCAAUUCAGAGUGGCGUAAACAGAGAGGUGGCCAACCCUUGACUUGGCAGAGGAGUAUGAAGGAGAUCACGAAACGCUUGGGUGCUGUCGGUGCUACUUGCUUUCCAGGAUGGGGACCGCACUGCACCUGGUCACAGGCGCUGCAAGAUAUGGUUUCCAACCGAUCUCAUUGUGCACUUUCCAACCCGACAUUACCUUCCCUAGACCGCUCCAAUGGAAAGUCGUGUUACGUUUGCAAUUCCUCAGUGGAUGCUAAUUGUCUCGAUUCGUUUAGUCCUCACCAGAGUCCUCUUCGACCCACACGUUGCAAUGUGGUAGAUGCCCGGUUCUGCAUAAAGACCACCGGAAUAUACGGAGGCUUCGUCGGGGUGAACCGUUUCUGUAGUUCGUUUGAUUUGGGCACACAAUGCGAUUACGUCUCUUUCCCCGAUCACGACCGAAUCUAUCGUGCCUGCGUGUUCACUUGCUCAUCUGACGAAUGCAAUCGAGCCUUCUUGGCAUCCAUAAGCUGGUUGCACUUUGGUCCCAGUAUAGCACUUUUAAUAACUUGCACAGAAUUUCGGAUUCCGUCGAUCCUGUCGUGUUUGGAUCAUUGCAAAACAAUUCUGCUACGGUUUCUCUGGCGAGAUGUACCAAGUGGUUAUUGCACGAAUUUGCUGACCGGGAGGUCCGUGGUUCGAACCCGACUUCUGCCUCUUGACUUCCCCUGUCUAGGCUUGGGCAACCUGGCAGUAUCCCAGUCCUCACGUCUCCUUCGUGUGGCAUAG